GCCGCUGCCCUUUUCUGUCUCCUUGCCAUUCUUUGUCUUCCUGUUGCCUCCGACCUUCACCCGGUUCCAGAGUCCGCUAAUCUUCUCUCGUAUAUAUACCGCUUUCCUCCAGACAUCCCUUCCAUCCUUUUCAUCCUCCUUAGCUUCUUCAUACUAUCUGUUCCUUAUCCGGCCGGCCUCCUUAUCUGCCUCGCGGGCUCGCCUCCCCCAACUCAUUUCGCCCUUGUGACCGCUCCUCUCCUAGUCACCUCACCAUUUGCUCUUACCACGUCAUCUUUCGGUUCUCAAUAGUCCGCUCAUCAUAUCGUCAAUUUGACCUGGGCGGUAACACUUUGAAACUUUCCAAACACUUCUCCAACUCAACAAUCAACUGAGCCAACACAUCUCCGCACCGCUAGCCGAUUUCGGCGCCGUCGCCCGCGUACCAUCUCGUUAUCCGGACCAUUCCUUCCCUUUCUCUCGCCACCACCGCCCAACAUGGCUCCACGCAAGCCCCGUUGCAACUUCAAGGAAUGCAAGGAAGCCGCCCAGCGCAUCGUUGGUGACUGCAGCUUUUGCAACGGCCACUUCUGCUCUAAACAUCGAAUGCUCGAAGCUCAUUCCUGUACCGGUCUCGAGGACUGCAAGAAAGAAUCCCAUGCACGGAAUGCCGAUAAACUCAACAGUGAGCGAACUCAGGUCAUCAAGGGUGUAUAGGAGAGGCACGGCUCGGAUUUCCUGACUCGCCUUGGCCUUCCCAGUCACUUGGGCUGUGACUACCUUCACCGCUACACUACGUUGCAGCCAAUAUCUUAUGUUUCCUGCUUUUUCCAUCUCGUCUUUGAGCAUCUUCAGUUCUGGGUUGGGGCAUUUACUUUCUACUUCUUACUUUCCGCAUCUUAUGCGCGGCGUUAGACCAGUGGAGUUGAGUUGAUUUUUGGUUAUUUCUCGGCAUGACUGGGUUUCUGGGAUCUGGUGGUUUAUUGACAUCCUGGAUAGUCGAUGGCUGCCUGAUGGCAAGACUCCUAAUGGAUUGGGGUAGAAUUCUUGAUCUCAAUUACGGACUAUCUUCGUGUCCAUUGGCGUGUCACAUAGCCAGCGGGUAAUAGGUACAUAAACUGCAUACUCUCAGCCUAU